UUCCAUAACAGACUGAACCAUCCUGGUUUCAUUUGACGCUUUUGCUCUUGGUUAAACGCAGUUAUGAACCCUGGUAGUAGAAAAGUAUUUCGAGCAAAACCACCAGACAAGGGAAGUUUUCCUUUGGAUCAUGAUGGUGAAUGUAAGGAGUACAUGAAAAGAUAUAUGAAGUGCUUGAGGGAAAAUAAUAAUGGGAAUCACAUGUGUAGAACAGAGUCAAAGGAUUAUCUUCAAUGUAGAAUGGACAGGCAGCUCAUGGUAAAGGAGGAAUUUGGAAAACUGGGCUACCAUGAGUAUCCUAAUACAAGGGACAAUAGCUCGAGCCUUGGAGACACACCCGGAACAGAUUACCCUGGAAGGUGAUACUUCAUAUGUAGCUACGUGUGGACUGAUGGUCUAUCUAGAUCACAAAGUACACUACACAAGACUUGAGAAACAUUCACACAGCCUGGCUGUAAAGGCUUACUUACAAGAGCGUUCUGUCGAUGGUAACUGGUUCAAAUGACAAGGCAAUGAAUUUUCAGACAUUAUUUUAAAAAGUCAGUGGUAAGGUACUAACUGUAAAGUGAAUUGAGUAGUUCGCCAGUUGUCAUCUUGUUUGCUACAUUGUACAUUGUACUUUGCAACAUGUGAUUUCACUUACGAUUGAUGAUAUUUUACCUUCGAAUUUUGCAAUUGUCUAGAUCUGUUCAGAGCGUCUGUUGAUCUCACAACUUGCUCAAGCUAAAUAACGCCAGUGUUCAAUUACAAAUGAAACUAUGACAAAUUAGCCACCGGUGUUCGCAUUCUCCAAAAUACGCAGAACUUGUGCAGAGGGCGGCAAAGAAAUGUACAAAGAUUUAUAACGGACGAGCACAGCUA